AUAGUAGCACCUAUUAUAAGCUUAGAUCAGUUAGUUUUGGUAAUCCAAACUUUGAAGAGUAUCGAAGAAUAUUAGAAGCAUUAUGUCCUUUAGGUGAUCGAUAUGAUCAUGAAACACCAGAAAUGUGGUGCUCCCGUAUCUGUGAUCCAUUUAGAAAAAUACUUAAAGAGAACCCAAGAAUUCUUUCUGGAAAUGGAUACAUUACAAUGUGUGGAAAAUUAAUUGAAAGAAGUGAUAGAGUUCAUGGUCUUGAAUCCAAUUAUAUAUAUUGCAGUGUAUGUGACUCCUUAGUUUUUAUAUCUAAAACUCCUUAUUUAGAAACUUGCUAUCGAGAUAACCAUCUUAAGAGAUGUAUUAAUGGAGAUAUUAUUUCAAACGAACAUGCAAGAAGAAAAGAAAUUCUCCAAUCUAUUGAUGAAAGAGAAUCUACUAUUUGGGUAUACAAACAAUAUAUAUUACAAGAAGAGGCUAAACUUAAUCGUCUCCGUCUAGAGCUUUUCUCCCCAUCUACCUCACACUCAGAAAAGGAUAAAUUGGCAUCGAUAUCAUAUGAUUAUGAUGCUCGUUCAGUCAGCUAUGAAGCUUACCUUUCGGCCAAAGCAACUAUGGCAGAAAAUACUAUGCCAGAAAAUACUAUGCCAAGUGCUCCAAAUUUCGAGCCAGCUUGUAUUACUAAUGCCUGGCAAAAAAUGGUUUCAUCAAUUUCCGUUACCAAUAGUAACGAUCAAAAAUCUGAAACAUUAAAUGGGCCAAUUCCUCCUCCAUUGCCACGAAAGCCUGUUGAAUUAAUGGGUGGUCUCGAGAGAUAUCCCAUGCAACGUAGUGCAAGUGCACCUGAGAUUAGAAAUCUUUGGAACGAUCGAUCAAAUAUGCCUAAUAUUUCUAGUAGGACUAGUUUGCACAAUCUUGCUGAAGCAUAUUUCGAUUCUGUACGGGAAAUAGACUUAAUAUCUUUCAACUGA